GACCAUUCCAGUGUUUUCCUUUUACGUAACUGCAAAAGUGUACAUCUUACCCGCAGAGCGGAGCCUCCUCCGCCAUCGUUAUCUGCAGCUUGAGGGCCGAGGGGGAGACCCGCAGAGCAGAGCCUCCUCCCGUCUUCUCCACUGCCCGAUCCUUUGCUCCGGCCACCGUUGCUGACCUCGGCCCCGUCCUCCUUCGAUUAGCACCGACAUCCAGCUGAUGGCAACCGACAAUGGAGUUAUGAAAAGAUCAAGGUCUGGACGAUAUUAUGAGAAGUCUGAUUAUGAGGAUGAUGAAGCUGGCCCUUCUUCAUCAUCGGCACCACCACCGGCCAGGGAAGAUGGAUUCCAAUAUCAUGUGUUUUUGAGUUUUAGAGGACCAGACACUCGCAGGGGCUUCACCGGCCAUCUUUAUCAAGCAUUAAAAGAUAAGGGCAUCACCACUUUCAUCGACAACGAGAAGUUGGAGAAGGGGCAGAAGCUGGAGAAGCUAUUUGGGUACAUAGAGAAAUCAAAAAUCUUUGUGCCCAUCUUCUCUAAAGGUUAUGCAGAUUCGAAGUGGUGUUUAAAGGAAAUAACAAAGAUUGUGGAAUGCAAGAGGCUCAUUGUACCAGUGUUCUUUGAUGUGCAGCCAACUGAUGUCCGCAAACAAACUGGCCCUUUUGCGGCUGCAUUUUCAAGGUACCGUAGGAAUAGAACUAUGGAUAGGGUGGAGGUGAGCAAAUGGAGUGAUGCUUUGACAGAAGCAGGGGGAGUUUUAGGUUAUUCAUUGGCCGACACUGAAGGACAUGAGGCUAAGCUCAUCCAACUAAUCUUGAAGAGGAUCCGGAAUGAAGUAAAUAUGACACCGCUCUUCGUUGCUGAACAUCCAGUAGCACUUGAUUCUCGCACUGAGGAUGUGAAAAAUGUGCUGGAAAUUGAAGACCAGGAUCAUGCAAGAAUGGUCGGGAUCUACGCCAUGGGUGGAAUGGGCAAGACAACUCUUGCUACGGCCGUCUAUAACCAAAUCUCUUCUCAUUUUGAUGCAUGCAGCUUCAUUUCUAACAUCAGAGAAAAAGCAGCACAAUCCUGUGGUCUCGUUUCCCUCCAAAAAAAGCUGCUUUGUAAUGUUUUCAAAGAGGAGGAUGUGAAUAUAAGCAGCACUGACCAAGGAAUCAGCAUGAUUAAACAACGGAUUUGGAGUAAGAAGGUCCUGCUAGUUCUUGAUGAUGUUGAUUGUGAAUCACAAGUAAAAGUGUUGGUUGGUGGCCUGGAUUGGUUUUGCCCAGGGUCAAGAAUCAUUAUUACUACUAGAGAUGAGGAGGUGUUGAGAGCAGCAGGAGUGAACCAAAAUAAUGUGUAUAAGCUUCAGCAGUUUGAUGCUACCCAAUCACUUCAACUUUUCAGUUGGCAUGCAUUUGGGAAAGAGGAGCCAGAAACCAAAUUUGCAGAGCUAUCGAAAGAGGUUGCAUCUGCUGCUGCUGGGCUGCCAUUAGUGCUUAAAAUAUUCGGGUCUCAUUUUCGCGAUCUAGAAGAUAAAGAAUGGGGAAUUACGUUGAGAAAAUUGAAGGAAGUUCAACACAAAAAAAUCCAUGAAAGGCUGAAGAUAAGUUUUGACGCACUUGAGGUGUAUGAAAAGCAAGUCUUUUUGGACAUAGCAUGUUUCUUUAUUAGGAGAGGCAAACGGCUUGCUACUCUCAUGUGGGAAAGUUGUAGGUUCUUCCCAGAAAUAACAAUUAAAGUCCUAAUACGCAAGUCUUUAGUGAGCUUAAUUGAUGAAGGGCAUGAAUUUGAUAUGCAUGACCAUGUUCGGGACAUGGGAAGAAGAAUUGUAGAAGAUGAGAGCCGUUCAAAUCCAGGAACCUGGAGCAGGCUAUGGAAACAAGAGGAGAAACUAGAUGUGUUGCAAAACAAAAUGGGAACAAGAACUGAAGCAAUCACAAUUCUAGGAGAUGAAAUUACUCAAAAUUACGCGCAUCUUAAAUAUGACCGUAGGGUGUAUGUCAAAAGACCAAUUUCUGAGAGUGAUUCGAACUCUGUGGAUGUAGAGGCUUUUACUGGAAUGGCUCAACUUAGAAUGCUCCGGUUGGGUUAUAUGACACUAGAAGGUGGAUAUGAACAUUUUCCACGGAUGGUCAAAUGGUUACAAUGGAGUCCCACAAACUUGGAUUUCUUGCCAAGUACCAUGCAUCUUGAGAAUAUUGUUAUUCUUGACUUAUCUGGUAGCUCCUUAUCACAACUUUGGAACCCCCAAAGAUCUGCAAGUACCAAGGUCUUUCACAAAUUGAAAGUCCUAAACCUCCGUGACUGUGUGAACCUCACCAUAUGUCCGGACUUUACGAGCAUGCUAUCUCUGCAGAUAUUGAAUUUGUCGAAAAGUGAGAAGAUUACUGAACUUCAUCCAUCUAUUGGGUACCUCAAGAGCUUGAAUGUCUUGAUUUUAUUAGGCUGCAAAUCACUAAUCAAAAUUCCUCCAGAAAUUUGGCAACUAGUCUCACUUAAAGAGCUUGAACUCGGGCCGUGCAGCCAGAUUACAGCUUUGCCACCACAAGUGGGGGGUUCGAAGUCAUUAAAUCAAUCAUUGCUUGUCUUGGAACGCCUAAAUCUCGACGAAUGUGUGAACUUCACUAUUUGCCCAGAUUUUACUAGCACGCCACAUUUACAGUUCUUGUCAUUUUGGGAUUGUUCGAAGAUGAGUGAACUUCAUCCGUCUAUUGGGCUUCUCAAGAGCUUAACUUCUUUGUGUUUGUUCGGCUGUGCGUCACUAAAGCAGCUACCUAAAGAAGUUUGGCAAUUGACUUCACUGAAAAGGCUUUACUUGGAUAAGAGUGGAGUGACAACUUUGGCGUCACAGUUGGGGGAUUUUAAGUCAUUAGAGGAGCUUUCCCUUUUGGACACUAGCAUAACAACUUUGCCUGAAUCCAUGAGACACUUGAAGCAACUGAAGGUUCUACGUUGUCCUCCCACGUUCAAAGAAAUACCCGACUGGAUAUGUUCAUUGCCCAAUCUUGAAGAACUAGAUGCUUCGUGCUGUGAAUCUCUUGCAUCUUUAUCCAACUUGCUUGGCAACCUAAGGAGCUUGAAGAAGCUUGACUUGAGUUGGACAGCCAUUGAAGAGCUUCCGGACUCCAUUAUGUCACUAGAGAAACUUGAGGUCUUGGAGCUUUUUAGAUGCAAACGGCUGAAAUAUUUGCCAUCUUCUGCAUGUAUUGGAUCAAUGUUGUUGAAGAACCAUGGUGGCGAAGAAUCUUCAGAGAGACAACACUAUUCUCUCCCUCAAUUCCCUCCUUUGACUAAACUCAGGGCAGAAGGUUGUUCUGAAUUGGAAAUGAUAGCUGACGUCUCAAAUGCAAAGAAAUUGCAGAGAUUGCAUUUAGGCGGCUGUCCAAAGCUUGUGGACGUUCCUGGCAUUGAGCAGUUGAAAUGGUUAGACGAGCUAGAGCUUGGAGGAUGUAGAAGUCUUUCCGACUCACUAUGGAAAAGAGUUCAGGAGGCAAACUUGCAACGCUUGACUCGCUUCUCCAUCUCUGGAAGCUUGAGUACUGGAGAUUCGUCAGAUGCACAAUAUAUCUGUUUCUUCCCUCCUAAGUGCUUCGAGUCUGGCUGCUUGUUAGUCUUGAAACUAGAAGAAAGCGGCCUUGACAACGUCGAUGUUGAAGAAGAUGAAUGGGGCAUCGAUGUUGAAGAAGAUGAAUGCGGCCUUGACAGCGGUGAUAAUGAAGAAGAUGAAUGCGGCCUUGACAGCAGCACUUUUGUUCACAUAGACCUUAUGAGCGAUGGCGCCCAGGCACCAUUUCAAAUUUCAAUUGAGGCGAAGGCAUGGAGAAGAUGUGAUUUCUUCAAUGAGACUGAGGUCCCAUAUGUGGAACUUGGCGAGUUCGUUGAUAUGAUGAGGAUGCGUGUCUCCAUCUCUAGCCGCCUCCUACUGGAUGGUUACCUCCACAGUAUUACUGAUGAAUAUCAUACCAAUGACACACGUGGUUACCCUCCUCACAUCUCUUCAAUUUAUGGUGAACUAUAUCAUCCUGUGGUUUUACUCCGCCUGAAUUUUGGUUCACCAUGAACUGUAAAAGCUAAAAGCUAAGUGUUACUACUACUCAUUCA